AUGCCGAAAAUGGGCAAACCGUUGUAUAAAUUCAUUAGACAGUUACCAAAACUGGAAUUGACGACAUUGAUACAGCCAAUAACGCGGUCGACAUUGAGAAUCGAGUUGACGAUAACACCAGACUUUCAGUGGGACGAGAGGGUGCAUGGUAACGCGGAAGGGUUUUGGAUCUUCGUGGAGGAUGUGGAUGGGGAGUUGAUAUUGCAUCACGAGUACUUUUUAUUGAAGCAAAAGUUUUGUGAGGAUGAACACCAGGUGAAGAUGUUCGUGCCCGUGUUCGACCCGAUGCCUCCGCUCUAUUUCAUUAGAAUUGUGUCAGACCGUUGGUUGGGCAGUGAGACGGUGUUACCGAUCUCGUUCCGUCACCUAAUACUGCCGGAGAAGUACCCUCCGCCCACUGAACUACUCGACCUGCAGCCAUUGCCCAUAUCCGCGUUGAAUAAUAAACAAUUCCAGUCGAUUUUCGAACAGAAGAAUAUUAAUGUAUUCAAUCCGAUACAGACGCAGGUGUUUCGAACGGUAUACGAGAGCAACGAGAAUGUAUUUAUUGGAGCCCCGCACGGCAGUGGUAAGAGGGUGUGUGCAGAGUUGGCGAUUUUAAGACAUUUCGAUAAUAAACCCGAUUCGAAGGCCGUGUUCGUGACGCCGAUGGAGGAUAUGGCUGAGAAGAUAUUCGCGGACUGGCAAGAGCGUAUUGGAACGGUACUGGAUAAGACGGUGGUAUUGCUGACGGGGGAGCCGUCAACUGACCUGAAGUUACUGCAGAGGGGGAAGCUGAUCAUAGCGAGUCCGGAGAGAUGGGAUAACGUGAGCAGACGUUGGAAGCAGAGGAAGAACGUGCAGGCGGUGAAGUUGUUUAUAGUGGACGAUUUGCAUAUGAUUGGGGCGAGUUGCGGGGUUGGUGACUUUUAUUUA